AUGGAUUCGAUAGCGCCAAUCGUAUCAGCUUUGGAAGACACUGAGGAGCCGAACUCGGCUUCUGAAAGACUUACAGCUGACUGGAAGCACAGACUCGUGGUACAUUUUGACAUCAACGAGACGAUCUUGGUCGGCGACGAUGCCGGGGGAGAUACGCGCGAGGAUUGUAUCCAUAAGAUAAUCGCAAAAUCUGCGUACGUUAAGAUACCUUUCGGGUACGCGGGGGGAUCCUACGAGGACAACUCGAAUUUAGAGCCAACCGAAUGGUGGAAUGGGCUUUUAAUCAGGGAGGAAUACGACGAGAAGCUAGCUUUAAAUCGGGUUCCUCCGUUGUACACAGGAUGGCAGUGGCCACCAGGCUGCUGCCCUUACUAUCGGACUGCUUUUAAAAACCGUGCCAGAACUUUUGUGAAUCACCAUGGCUCGUUAUACAAAUCGACCUAUCUCAGAGUGGAAGAGCUACUCCCAAUCCCAGAUUCCAAGCCUGGAAACGCUUUUUCCGUUUUUGCACACAUGCUACCUGCUUUUUUUGAAACUGUUGUAAAGCUUUCCAGCAGACCCCAGCCCUAUACAUUGGUUUUUCGUACCAUGGGUUCUGAUCUCGAAAAAAUUGCAACAGCGUUCAAUGCUUUUGCUUCUGGCAAACAUCCCAACUAUCCUAAUUUUCAGCGAGAGGACUUGAUCAUAAGCCGGCAUGAUCUUGUUGAAGGACGAUGGUCGAAAGAAGUCGACUUGGACGGAAAUCACGUCUUCCAAUUUUGGAGAGCCGGUGAGAUGAUUGCUUCUGGAGACGCGCAGGUGCUCGACUUUCUUGACUCUCGAAGCGUUUGCGGUAUUCAGGAUGACUACGAAUUUUGGAAGGUCCACAGACACCAACCUUGGGCCGGCAAGCCCGUUUGGAUUCCCCGAAGCAAGGAAGUUCAGCAUAUUUUGCUGGACGACAACAUUCACAAUUUGUCUCAUGAUAGCAUAGCUAGUACCCGAGUGGAGCGAGAAGAUGGUAGUUUCCGAACACUGUCCGAUGAAGAAAUCAGAGAUCAGCAAGGUAUCCACCUUGUGAGGGUACCCACUGUUGCCCCAAUUCUUCAGCCGACGUGGUUUCUCGAACAAAUAGAUAGUGCCCAAAGACGGUUUGUAAGCGAAUGA